AUGACGUCGUUGGUGGUCCGAUCCUUUCUGGACCUCUGCUCGGCGCGUUGUUGGAGCUUUUUCGUCCUUUCCGUCGAUCUGUCCAAAGCUUUCGAUUAUGCUAUCCGUGAAGUUGUGAUGAGCUGGAUGCCCGACGCGUCGUCCGCCUCCCUCGAGGAGAACAGGGCACUGCUUGAGAAGCUCGGCGUUCCUGAGCGUGCAUCCCAUCGCCUCGCGGAGUGGAUUGGCAAGACCGGCGGGUUCCUUGCCUUCAGCGGUGCUGACCCAGCCGUGUGCGAGCUCGUCACGUCCCUUCAUCAUGGAGCAUGGUUCCGCCUCCCCGGAGACGAACCGUACAUUGUUAGCGUGUCAGGGGGUCGCCAUGGUAUUCAAUGUGAUAUAUAG